CUCGCACACGAAACUCCGUUCCCAGCAACCAUUUGUCUCGUUAUCCCGAAUCAAAAUCCACCAGUAUAGAAUAUUCAAAUCUAGGGCUCGUUAAAACCUUUUGGAUCAACCGCUGUGCCACAACCCAAAUCCGCCGAAAUCCCGCUCAAGUCUUUCCAGCAGUUUGACCGAAUUCUGCUCCAACGGUUGUUGUUUAUCGAACAGGAUCCCUGGGAGAUUUUAAGUGUUAGUAUAUUACCUACUGGAUCAAAAUCAUUGCCAUCAUUGGCAGUAUACUCUCCAUGAAGUUCUUAGAAUACACUCCUCUGGAUAGAUUAAAUGAUUUCUUGACUCAUUUAAAUCUUGGAGACAGUACCAUUAAAGGAUGCCUUGAGGCUUACUCGUGCAAACACACUGGAACGGAUAAGAAACUGUCUGUCAGCUUGGAGAAUGAGAUCCUUGAUUAUCUUGGGAAUUCUUCAGACACUGACUCUUCCUCGCCAUCUGAUUUCUUGUUGAGCCGAACCAGCCGAAAGACAUUGAUCUACCUGGUGCUUACACUCAAUCACAUGUAUCCAGAUUAUGACUUCAGUACAGUGAAAGCUCACCAAUUCUUCACAGAGGAAAGCUGGGACAUUUUUAAGCAAAUUUUUGAUACCUACAUGUUUGAAGCCUCAAAGGAAUGGAUUGAGACCAAUGGGAGCAGUUCUCUGCUGGAGACCUUGUACAAGGCUUUGGAUGAGGUUGUAAAGUUAACAGAAUGUGAAAUUUACAGUUACAAUCCAGACUCUGAUGCUGAUCCUUUUUUGGAGAGGGGAGCCAUAUGGUCUUUCAAUUUCUUCUUCUACAACAGGAAACUAAAACGGGUUGUGAGUUUUCGUUUGUGCUGUUUAAGUAAUUUGGUGGCUGAUGAAUUUCGUAUGGUUGAAUUACCUUGUGAGGAAGAUUCGGAGAUCUUUGAUGUUUUCGAUGACAUGGACAUGAGAGUACAAUAAGCUGCUGAUAUGAUGAUUACAUGUUAAAGUUCUUCACACAGGUAGUUGUGCAAUAACAAGUGCUGCACUCUUGAGGCUUUGGCGGCUUUCUACUUUCCUGUAUGUAGUUGGUCUCAGAUAGUUGGGAACAUUUCUGUUGUAUGAAUGUAUGUAAAAAUAUAACCAGGCUUGUAAGCUGAUAUGGAACAACCCAAGUUUUUCAAAGACAUUCCUCUUUCCUGUAUGCAUUUAUAGCAUAUUGUAGCCGGUGUCGUGUAGUUAGGAACAAUGCUGUCUAUAUAAUCCAGGCUUGUAAGCUGCACAUAUAAGACGACCCAAGUUUGUCAAAGAUGCUCCUCUCGUCUUUCUUGACAAAUGGUGUUCGUAUCAGUGAUCUGUUUUUUUGUUUUA